AUGGACCACGAGGAUGAUCCUGGAUGGCAGUUUCUGCGCAUGAGCAGAGAGCAAAUGAUCGUGGAGCAAUCGAAGCCUUAUGACUCGAAAAAGGAUUGCUGGGUGCCCGAUGAGGAAGACGGUUUCGUGUCCGCUCAAGUCAUGGAGGAGAAGGGAGACACCAUCAAAGUUGUCACCAUCAAGCAGAAUGAGAUCACCCUCAAGAAGGAGCUCAUCCAAGAGAUGAAUCCACCGAAAUUCGAGAAAACCGAGGACAUGUCCAACUUGUCUUUCCUCAACGACGCCUCUGUGCUUCAUAACUUGCGCUCUCGCUACAAGGCUAUGCUCAUCUACACCUACUCUGGCCUCUUCUGUGUUGUCAUCAAUCCCUACAAGCGUCUCCCAAUCUACACCGACACUGUCGCUCGUAUGUUCAUGGGAAAAAGAAAAACCGAAAUGCCGCCUCAUCUCUUCUCGGUUUCUGAUGAAGCUUACAGAAAUAUGUUGAUCGAUCAUGAGAAUCAAUCUAUGCUUAUCACUGGAGAAUCGGGAGCUGGAAAGACUGAGAACACCAAAAAGCAAGAAGAGUACGCUCGUGAAGGUAUCAAGUGGGUGUUCAUCGAUUUCGGACUUGAUCUUCAAGCGUGUAUCGAGCUCAUUGAGAAGCCCAUGGGUAUCAUUUCCAUGCUUGAUGAAGAGUGUAUCGUGCCAAAAGCCACUGACACCACCUUGGCCCAGAAACUCAGCGAGCAACAUCUUGGAAAACAUCCAAACUUCGAGAAACCUAAGCCACCAAAGGGAAAACAAGCUGAGGCUCACUUUGCCAUGCGUCACUACGCCGGAACUGUGAGAUACAAUUGCAGCAACUGGCUUGAGAAGAACAAAGAUCCACUCAACGAUACCGUUGUCUCAUGCUUCAAGCAGUCCAACGAAAACGCUCUCCUCCGCACCAUUUGGGAAGACUACACCACCCAAGAGGAGCAAGCUGAGCUCCAGAAAUCUGGAGCUGCUGCUGGUGCCAAGAAGAAGGGUAAAUCUGGUUCGAUGAUGACCGUGUCUAUGCUUUACCGUGAGUCUCUGAACAAUUUGAUGACUAUGCUUCACAAGACCCAUCCUCAUUUCAUCCGUUGUAUCAUCCCCAACGAGAAGAAACAAUCUGGAGUGCUUGACGCGGCUCUUGUCAUGAACCAAUUGACAUGUAACGGUGUGCUUGAGGGUAUCCGUAUUUGCCGUAAAGGUUUCCCCAACAGAAUGAUGCAUCCCGACUUUGUGCACCGUUAUGCUGUCGUGGCUGCCACCGAGGCCAAGUCAGAUCCUGAUUCGAGGAAGUGCGCUGAUGCGAUCAUGGGAAAACUUGUCGGUGAAGGUCAUGUGACUAGCGAGAACUUCAACGUCGGUCUCACCAAAGUCUUCUUCAAGGCUGGUAUCUUGGCGAAACUUGAGGAUGUGCGUGAUGAGAAGAUGAACACCUUGUUCACCGGAUUCCAAGCUGCCAUCCGUUCGUAUCUCGGAACGACUGACAAGAAGAGACGUGAGGAACAAAAAGUCGGUCUUCUCAUCAUUCAACGAAACGUCAAAUCAUGGUGUGGACUUCGCACUUGGGAAUGGUUCAAGCUCUAUGGAAAAGUCAAGCCACUCAUCUAUGCUAGCAAGUUUGAUGAGCAAAUCGAUGCUCUUAACGCUAAGCUCAAAGAGGUUGAAGGAAGUCUCACCAAAGAGCUCGAGAUUCGUCAACAACUCGAAGUGCAAAACGCUAAGGUGCUUGAGGAGAAGAAUCAAUUGCUUGCCGAUUUGGAGAAAGCUAAGGCUAAUCUUGCUGAGUUUGGAUCAAAGGUUGGACAAUUGGAGGGUCAACACUCUGGAGCUGUUGGAGAUCUCGACUCACUCAAUGAUGCCCUUGCUGCUGCUGAGGAGUCAAACUCUGAAGGACUUCGUGCCAAGAAACGCGCCGAGGGAGAAUUGGAGGGACUGAAGAAACAACUCCAAGACUUGCAGAUGAGCUUGAGAAAGGGCGAAUCUGAGCGUCAAUCUAAAGAACACCAAAUCCGCUCUCUUCAAGAUGAGAUGCAACACCAGGAGGAGACUUGUGGAAAGCUUAACAAGGAGAAGAAACAUCAAGAGGAGCUCAACCGAAAGCUCAUCGAGGAUCUCCAGAGCGAGGAGGACAAAGUCAAUCACUCGAACAAAGUCAAGUCAAAGCUUGAGCAGACUUUGGACGAGUUGGAGGAUGCUGUCAACCGUGAGAAGAGAAACAAAGCCGAUGCUGAGAAGGACAAGAGAAAGCUUGAGGGUGAGCUUAAAGUCGCCACCGAAAACAUCGAAGAGGCCACUCGCCAGAAGCUCGACUUGGAGAAUAGCAUUAAGAAGAAGGAGGCUGAACUCCAGAAUGCCAACAGCCGUCUAGAUGAUGAGCAAUCGCUUGUCAGCAAGCUUCAGCGACAAAUCAAGGAGCUUCAAGCCACCCUUGGAACUCUUGAGGAAGAGGCUGAGAAUGAGCGUGGAUCGAGGAGCCGAUCUGAGCGCGCCAAGGCUGAGCUCCAAAGUGAACUCGAGGACUUGAACAACCGUCUUGAUGAGCAAGGAGGUGCCACCCAGACUCAAUCCGAGAUCAACAAGAAGCGUGAGGCUGAGUUGGCCAAACUCCGCCGUGACUUGGAGGAAGCCGCUCAUCACCACGAGAACAACCUCUCCUCUUUGAAGAAGAAGCACCAAGAUGCCGUCGCUGAGCUCUCUGAGCAAAUCGACCAAGUCAACAAGGCAAAGAACAAGGCUGAGAAGGACAAGGUUCAAUCUCAGCGUGAAGCCGAGAGCCUUCAAUCACUUCUUGACCAAGAGUCCUCGACCAAGGUCCAGAACGAGAAGCUUGCCAAGCAAUUCGAGAGCCAGCUCAGCGAGCUCCAAUCUCGUGCUGAUGACCAAGGCCGUGAACUCCACGACUUGACCUCUGUGAAGGGACGUCUCUCCGGACAAAACUCUGAUCUUGGCCGUCAACUUGAGGAUGUUGACUCUCAAGUCGCCAACAUCAACCGUGUCAAAUCUCAAAUUCUUGCUCAACUCGAUGAGGCCAAGCGAGCUGCUGAUGAUGAGGCCCGUGAACGCCAAGCUCUUCAAGCUGCUGCCCGCAAUGCUCAAGCUGAUGCUGAACAGGUCCGAUCAGCUCUCGAGGAGGAAGUUGAGGCCAAGAAUGAUGUGAACCGUCAACUCUCAAAAGCCAAUGCUGAGAUUCAACAAUGGAAGUCUCGCUUCGAAGGAGAAGGAAUGCUCCGUGCUGACGAGAUUGAGGAGGCCAAGAGAAAACAACAACAACGAAUCCAAGAACUCACCGAUUCGAUUGAAGCCGCCACCCAGAAGAUUGCUGGAUUGGACAAAUCGAAGGCAAGAAUUGCUGGAGAACUCGAUGAUGCCCAAGUUGAUGCUGAUCGUGCCAACUCUUAUGCUUCAACUCUCGAGAAGAAACAACGAGACUUUGAUGAUAUCGUUUCUGAAUGGAAACGCAAAUCUGAUGAUCUUGCCGCUCAAGUUGACUCUGCUCAACGUGAUGCCCGAAAUGCAAUUGCUGAUCUUCAUCGUGCUAAAGCUGCUCAAGAUGAACUUGGAGAAAUCAUUGAAGGACUUCGACGUGAGAACAAAGCUCUUGGAUCUGAGAUCAAGGAUUUGAGUGAUCAACUUGGAGAAGGAGGACGAUCCGUUCAUGAAAUGCAAAAGAUCAUCCGUCGUUUGGAGACAGAAAAGGAAGAGUUGCAGAAGGCUCUCGAUGAGGCUGAGAAUGCGCUCGAAGCUGAAGAAGCAAAGGUGAUGAGAGCCCAAGUUGAAGUGUCUCAAAUCCGAUCAGAGAUUGAGAAACGAAUCCAAGAGAAGGAGGCUGAAUUCGAAAGCACUCGCAAGAAUCACCAAAAGGCUUUGGAAAGCAUGCAAGCCAGCAUCCAAACUGAGGCCAAGUCAAAGAACGAAUUGCUCAAGUCGAAGAAGAAGCUUGAGGGAGACAUCAACGAGUUGGAGAUCGCUCUUGACCAUGCAAACAAGAACAACGCUGACACACAGAAGAAUCUCCGCAAACAUCAAGAACAAAUCCGUGAAUUGCAACUCACCGUCGAGGAGGAACAACGCCAAAAGGAUGAGGUCCGUGAUCAAUUGCAAGGAGCUGAGAAGAGAGCUCAGAAUCUCGAACAAGACAAGGAUGAGCUCAAGCACGCCUUCGCUGAGGUCGAUCAUCAACGUCGUCAAGCCGAAACUGAGGCUCACGAUUGUCGUGAAGCCGCCAACGAAUUCCAGCUCCAAGCCUCUUCAUUGAACUCGGCCAAGAGAAAGUUAGAGGGAGAGAUUCAAGCGAUGCACGCUGAUCUCGACGAGACCCUCAAGGAGUACCGCAACGCUGAGGAUGAGGCAAAGAGGGCAAUCUCUGACGCCACUCGUCUUGCUGAAGAGCUCAAACAAGAGCAAGAGCACGGAUCAAGCCUUGAGCGAGCCCGCAAAGAGCUUGAACAACACCUUAAAGAGUUCCAAAUUCGUCUCGACGAGGCCGAAGCUGCCGCACUCAAGGGAGGCAAGAAGACGAUUGCUAAGCUCGAGCAACGCAAUCGUGAACUCGAAGGAGAGUUGGACGGAGAGCAGCGCCGUUAUGCUAACGCCACCAAGGAGGUGCAAAAGGCUGAUCGUCGUGUGAAAGAACUUCAAUUCCAAAUCGAUGAGGACAAGAAGAACUUCGAUCGUCUCAACGAUCUCGUCGAUAAACUCCAAGGCAAGAUUCGUACCCAGAAGAAUCAACUCGAAGAUGCUGAGGAGCUGGCGAACGGGAACCUUCAAAAGUUCCGUCAAAUCCAAGCUCAAAUGGAGGACGCUGAGGAGAGAGCUGACUCGGCUGAGAACUCGCUCACAAAACUUCGCUCGAAAACUCGUGCCGGCACAUCGGUUGGACCCGGUCUUCAGGGAUCCGCUUCGGUUGCCGUGAUGCGCGCGCCAAGUCGCUCGAAAUUC